UUCAGCUUUUCAUAUCAUCGGAGGUUUUGUCAACUCAACAGGUUUUACUGGUAACACGGCUGGGCAAGAUGAUUGAACUAACGCGUAUCCUGGUUGGGUCUUUGGUACUCCUAGUCAUGAUCAACGAAUCCUAUGCCGAGUGUUAUGACCGUGAUGGCACCGUAAACCCCAAUGGCCUCUUCUGCUUUAAUAGCGACGAACCAUGUUGGUCCAGUUUGGACCCAUCUCGUCUGGCAACCAUGGACAACCAGUUCUACCUGUUCACUCGUGAACUGACGGGUGAAAACAAGUGCUCGGGCGGCGGGAAUGAGCUUUCCUGGGACGAUCCCAACACUUUCGGCGAUAUCUCCAACUCUAGAGAAACAGUUGUGAUAAUCCACGGUUGGACGAGCAGCAGUGGAAACGAAUACGAAUCUGCGAUGUGCGAUGCGUUCAUGGAAUUGGGCGACUAUAACAUCAUCAUGGUAAAUUGGGAGUUAGCGGCCGAUAAUAUAAACUACUUUCGGAGUAAGAUGGAUUCCAGACUAGUUGCAAGGGAACUUGCAGUACUACUGAAGAAGUUGCACGAGCAUCCAGGAUUACACCUAGAUUACGCCAACGUUCACUUGGUGGGGCACAGCCUUGGUGCCCAUUUGGCGGGCUACACUGGCGAUUUCUUACUAGGACAGAUCGGGCAUAUCACAGGCCUUGACCCUGCGAGACCAGAUUUCAAAGAUUAUGUGGCAAAGCCGGAGUGCGUUUUGGAUAAAACUGAUGCCGACUUCGUUGACGUCAUCCAUUCGGAUGGAAGCCUCCAAGCGUAUGGACUUAAGGAACCGUUGGGUCACCAAGACUUUUAUCCGAACAAAGGAACCUUUAUGCAACCAAAGUGUUUGUGGAAGGUCGCUUGCAGUCACGUGCGGGCAUAUGACUUCUACUUAUCCAGCAUAAAGAACUUCGACAUUCAGCCCGGCCAACCCUGUUCCUUCGUCACUGAAGCGUGCAGCGGGACGACGUGCAGCGGUACAUGUCCCCGGAUGGGCAUCCAUGCUGAGAAAGGAGACGGCUCUGGAAGUUUUAGCAUCACGAUGCAAUCAAGCAACUGCGGAUGUGCAUACAUUGUCUAGGAGACGUUUGGAUGGGUUAUUAACAAAAAACAAAAAAA